CAGUCGAUUGCCGACCUCUACGGGUGUAGGACAAAAGCUGGGACGCUGGGCUGCGACUGUGUUGCCCAAACCCAACUCCAUGGCCGGCUGCUCUGACCGCACGAUGGUUUCACAAUCGCCUACCCCGCCACCGCCGACCGCCGACGACCCUCCUUUGCCAUCGAACCCCGACGAUUCUCCGACCCCAAACUCCGAGGCCCCUCCUCCGCCCCCAGAGCCUCUGGCGUCGCUCCCGGACGAGCUCCUGGAGGAGAUCUUACUCUGCCUCCCCGCCGCGGCCGACCUCGCCCGGGCCUCCACCACCUGCGCCUCCUUCCGCCACAUCGUCGCUCCCCUCUCCUUCGUCCGCCGCUUCCGCUCCCUCCACAAGCUCCCCGUCCUCGGCUUCCUCCGCGCCGAUUUCUACCCUGCCCAGCCUCCGCACCCAUCCGCCCCGGCCGCGCACGCCCUCGCGCAGUCCGCCGACUUCACCUUCAGCUUCCUCCCCAACCCCGCCUGCUGGAGCCCGCGUGACGUCCGCGACGGGCGCGUCCUCUUCUCCGCCGUCUCCGCCUCCGAAGGCCGCGGCGACUUCAUAGAGGCCACCUCCAACACCUUCGUGGAUCUCGUCGUCUGUGACCCCUUGUCCCGGCGCUACGUCCAGAUCCCGCCCGUGCCUGAAGACCUAGCGGCCCCCGUCGAGCACCACGGCGUGUUGGAUUUCGAGCCCUUCUUCGCUCCAGCCAGUGAAGCGGACGUGCACGAGGAUUCGUCAUUCGGUGUGAUCUGCAAGGUGCUGUGCGAGAAUAAGGUCGCCGUCUUUGUCUUCUCUUCACGCACUGGUGAAUGGAGUAGCAUUCUGUGCCAUGGUCUAGGCGCUUUGUCCAGUGAUGUUGUGGAUGCAUUGUAUGCACGCUGCGGAUUGCAUCGGCGCCACUAUGCACAUGGCUUCUUCUGUUGGGUGUUGGAAUGGAUGGACAAGUUGCUCAUGCUUGACCCAUGUGGGAUGAAAUUCUCCAUUAUAGACCUCCCAUCCAACAGCCAAGGAGGACGGCUCGCCAUUGUGGAGGCAGGAGAAGGCAAGAUUGGGUUGUUAAAUAUUGGUAUGCGCACGUUAGAUUUCUACAGUAAGAUUUGGCGAAACAAAAGUGGAGGCACCAAAGAGUGGCAGCACAACGCAAUAGACCACCCCUUGCCUAAUUAUCACUGGUGCAUCAUAGGUGCAGACGAGGAGUACUUACUCCUAAGAGGGAUUUCAUUAGAUUGGCCAUGGUUCGACAGCUCUUCACAGCACAGGCCGGAUAUAGAGUAUUUUGCAUUUGAUCUCAAGACAUUGCAGUUCGAGAGGAUGUAUGUAUCGAAGCACAAAAUGAUGCAUGCUCACCUGUAUAGAGGCUUCCCACCAUUAUUGUCUCCACCAAGUUUAUGAAGUAGACUUCUCAAGGAGGGACAAAGCACUCAUGGCUAUCGACUGCUGCAUGAUGGCUCAACUAUUGUAGAAGACAUCAGUUACUACUGACACCGAGGGUGACUGGGAGCUAAGCAGUUUGGGAAAUGAUGAAGUUGAACGGUGGGAUUUGCUCAUGAAUGAGUUGCAGAAAAUUCAAAAACUACUGGAUGGGGGAGGAGUCUGGUAUUUCUCGGGGCUUAGAAAAACAUUGGUACAUGCACAGCUAAAUCUCUAUACAGCAGGAUUCUUUUUGCUGGUGUGGUUCAUUCUCAAAAGUCAGAAAUAUGGACGUUUGGAAGGCCAAGUUGCCUCUCAAGUAUCCCGUGACUUGUGGCAAAGCCUCCAAGGCAACGUACCGAAAGUAGCUCAGCUGGCACGUAGCCAUUGGCUUCUUUAUGUGAAGCGAAGGGAAAAUGCUAGUCACAUUUUCUACAUAUGUGGGCUAGCUUAAAACCAAAUCAUUGGGUGGGCUGUCAAAUUAAUAAAAAAAAUCUUUGGGUGGGAUAGAGAAUCAAGUUCCUUGGGAGUUUCUUUUACAGAUUGAUUUUGUGUGGAUUUGGAAUCAAAUAUCUAUGGAGGGUAAACUUAUCAAGAUCCUACUUGUUGCAUAAGAAGAAGCAGAAAUCCCAGUUGGAUCAUGUGAUGAAGCUGCUCAAAGAAAUGGCAAAACGGUGUCAUCUGAUUGGGGUGUUGUAUUCUUCGCACUUGGUUCUAGUCUCUGUUUUCGCAAAAUGAUCUUGUUCUGGUAAACUCCUAUCCGCUGGUAGGGAAUGUUACCAUCUUUGUGUCUCUGAACAUGUUUCUUUGAGUAAAAGACAUCAGCUAACAUUGACUGGCUAUAUCUGCCUGUAGUUUGAUUAGCUACUGCUUGUCUAAUGGAAUCUCUGUAUCUUACUCUCAUAAAGAUAUCAAUCGGUGGCGUCUGCCGGUCUGUCAUGUUUUUGCUACUA